AUGGCAAAAUCAAAAUAUGAAUACGUAAAAAAAUUUGAAAAGAAUGACUCUCUUCUUCCAAAUACGUGGUUGGUGAUUCGUGUAGACGGUCGUGGUUUUCACAAGUUUUCGGAUAAACAUGGGUUUGUAAAACCAAAUGACCAAAAAGCUUUGGAACUUAUGAACAAGUGUGCAGAAAACGUCAUGAAUGACAUUCAUGAUAUUGUCUUAGCAUACGGUCAAAGUGAUGAAUAUAGUUUUGUCCUUAAAAAGGAAUGUAAUCUAUAUGAUCGGCGCGAGACAAAGAUUGUUUCGACUGUCGUUAGUUUGUUCUCAUCGAAUUAUGUAUUUAAUUGGAAUAAGUAUUUUCCAGACAAGGAAUUACUUUAUCCGCCUUCAUUCGAUGGCCGUGUAGUUCAAUAUCCAGGCGAUAAUAAUUUGAGAGAUUAUUUAAGCUGGUGGCAAGCAGAUUGUCAUAUCAAUAACUUGUAUAACACGUGUUUCUGGGCCCUGGUUCAUUCUGGAAAAACUGAAACUGAGGCUGAAAACGUUCUGAGAGGUACAGUAUCUUCAGAAAAGAACGAGUUGCUAUACUCACAAUUUAAUAUCAACUACAAUAAAUUACCGGAGAUGUAUCGAAAAGGCUCAGUAUUAAUCAGACAAGAG